AUGGCGUGGCAAGUAAACAAGCCCGCAAGUUCCAGCCAUUACAAUGACUGGCCAAAUACACAGGGUUUUGAUGUCCGUCAUCAGGAGCUUGAGCCCACAGAAUUAUCAGUUCAGGGCAAAAUACCACCCUACUGUGCUGGUGUGCUCUUUCGCAACGGCUUAGGUCCUCGCGACAUUCAGACCGACAAACAGACCACCUAUCGUGUGAGCCAUUGGUUCGACUAUUUCGCACAGGUUCAUCGCUUUCAGAUUCAUGCUCCUACACCAGAGCAUCUGCAGGUCCGCGUCACACAUAACUCGCGACUGACCUGCGAUGGUGUCAUCCGAAGAAUUCAGCGGACAGGAUAUCGUGGCGAAAUUACUUUUGGAGCCAAAUACGAUCCAUGCAUGUCGCUAUUCCAGAAGGCACAAUCGAUCUUUAAGGCCUUUCCACAAAGCGUUCCCGAUCAAGUCGACAUCAGCGUCUCUUUGAAUAUCAACUUUCCCGGAUUGUCAGCGACGGGUAGCAAACAGGAGGAGAUACGUGGCAGUGGUAUUCAAACUCUUUGUAACCGCACCGACAAUUCGACCUUCCAGAUGCUCGAUCCCCAGACUUUGGAGCCAAUUGGUGUUGCGGACCAGACCGCUUUGCAUCCCUCACUCAAGGGACCACUUAGUGCUGCCCAUUGCAAGACGGACCCUGUCACUGGCGAUGUCUAUAACUACAACCUGGACUUGGGUGUGACGGGUACCUAUCGUGUCUUCCACGUUUCUCGCGCGACAGGUAAAAUCAGCAUCCUGGCAACAUUCAGCCACGCUGCUGUGUAUGUGCACUCGCUUUUCCUAACGGAACACUAUGUUGUACUCUGUCUGUGGAACGCUCGCUUCCGUGCCGGCGGCAUGUCCCUGCUAUGGACACACAACUUUGUGGAUGCGUUGGCCGAGUAUGAUCCUACACAGCAUAGCACAUGGUUCGUGGUGGACCGUACUCCCGGGGGGCGGGGCCUGAUUGCGCGCUAUGAAUCUGAUCCAUUCUUCUGUUUUCAUACCAUUAAUGCGUAUGAAGAGCGCUCAUCAACCGAUUCCUCCAAGGUGGAUAUCCUCGCCGACAUUUGCGCAUACGACAACCUGGACGUGCUAAAGCGCUUCUAUAUUGAAAACAUCAUGUCUGACUCUGCUACAGACCUCCACUAUGGUGAUCCAAGAAACUAUAGGGGCCGCGGGGCAUUCCGGCGGUUUCGUUUGCCUGCCAUUCCUGAAGUAUUGGGCUCCAAGGCUCUACCAGCGGAGCUCAUCUUCUCGAUGGGAAAGGGACUAGGACCAGAGUUGCCCAACAUCAGCCCUCGAGUACGCGGCCGUAAGUACCGUUACGUCUAUGGUGUGACUGACUCAGGGAAAAGUGUGUUCUUGGAUGGCCUGGUCAAACAUGACAUGAUCACACAGACAUCCGUAUAUUGGAGUCAGCAGGGGCAGACGGCUAGUGAGCCCAUUUUCGUGGCAGAUCCGGAAUCGACGGAUGAGGAUGGCGGCGUGCUUCUGUCUGUUGUUUUGGAUGGGAUCGGAGGGCAUAGCUAUCUUCUCGUACUCGAUGCGAAGACGAUGAUGGAGGUCGGAAGGGCUACCGUUAACGGUGUGGUAGGCUUUGGUUUUCAUGGUGUCCAUGUGCGGGAAGAAUAA